AUGUCGACCACAACACUGAGCUCCGAUCCGGAUAUGGAGCUCGCCAUCAGAAAGAUGUCCCUUGAAUCUUCCGUCGCCCCGUCCUAUUCGUUCGCGCAAGGCUGGGCCAAGCUUUCGGACGAGUUACGCCUAGCGGUUCUCAUCGCUGUUCUCGCACAAGACUACCCCAUCGAUCAUCCAGAGCACGAAAAGCUGCUAGAAAUACUCUACUUGCCGCUUCUUCUGACCGCAAACGCCGCCAUCGCGACCGAGGCGUUCUCUGCCCACAAUCGCUACCCGGCGCCAAAUCAGAAUACAUGGUUGCGUCGAAUGGAGAUCAAAAUGACGGAUGAGGAAGCCACCCCAGGCUGGUCAUUCCUUGAGAAGCUAUGUGCGGGCGCUCUAGGCUUCGAGCGGCUCCGCGAAGUCGACAUGACGUUGAUUUCGAACCGGAAGAAAGGAGACCCACGGGGUACUAGGUUCACUUCCAUGGUUGACCUUGGACUAUCGCCUUUAGGCCUUACACCGAUCUUUUCCAACAUCGAGAAGCUAUCGAUCACGCGCAAGAUCCUCUUCAAAGAUAAUGUGAAGUGCUCGAUAUGGUUCGGACGUGUUCCAGCUAGCAUUCUCCAGCGUGCGCAACAAUGGGACGAACUUCGUCUGGAGGGAGAGUAUACCGACGAGUUCUGGUUCCCAUGGGCUUCAUCGAUGUUGCAGGGCGACUGA